UGGUGUUUGCUGUGAGAGAAGACCUUGUCUCCAUGCUUGACACCUGGUCUGAAAGGAGCAGGCUUGUGCCUCAGGGUAGGAUCUCAACCCGGGACCUGGUUUUAAGCCUUAGUAGCCCCAGAACUCGUCCCAGCCUUCGCAGCAGCAUCAGAGCCCUGCAGCAUGCUCCAGCCCAUCCCGGCACCCUUCCCAUCCUCCUGCUGAGCCCACAUCCCAAGAAAGAGAUAGCCGGCACACAAAGCUGGUCCCGCAUUCGGCCGCCGGCGAGGCACCCUGAUGAGCGAGCCCCGGGCGCGCCAUGGAUGUGACUAAGAUGGGCACGAUCCAGCUGCAGAACCCCUGCCACCCCACCGGGCUGCUGCACAAAGCCAACCAGAUGCGCCUGGCGGGGACGCUGUGCGACGUGGUCAUCAUGGUGGACAGCCAGGAGUUCCAUGCGCACCGGACGGUGCUGGCCUGCACCAGCAAGAUGUUCGAGAUCCUCUUCCACCGCAACAGCCAGCACUACACCCUGGACUUCCUCUCGCCAAAGACGUUCCAGCAGAUCCUGGAGUACGCCUACACCGCCACCCUGCAGGCCAAGGUCGAAGACUUGGACGACCUGCUCUACGCCGCUGAGAUCCUGGAGAUUGAGUACCUGGAGGAGCAGUGCCUGAAGAUCCUGGAGACCAUCCAGGCCUCCGAGGACAAUGACACCGAGGGCGCCGCUGCCGAUGGAGGCACCGCCACCGAGGAAGAGGAGGAGAGGAAAUCUAGGUACAUCAAGGGCCUCUUCAUCUCCAAGCCCGCCAGCGAAGAGAGCGGCUACGCUGGGGUGGCCGGCCAGAGCCUGCCAGUGACCACGUCGGAGCAGAGCCCCACCGCCUCGGCUUCCUUCGGCCCCCUCUCAGCCAUGAGCCCCACCAAGGCGGCAGUGGACAGCCUGAUGACCAUUGGGCAAUCUCUGCUGCAGGGCACGCUGCCGCCCGCCGGCCCCGAGGACUCGCGCCCCGCAGCCGCCCGUCGCCCCCCCAGCCUCGCCGAGGCCAAAACCGAGGCGAUGCAGGUGGACGACACCUCCGGCCGUGGGAGCCCCCGGGUGACCGAGCCUGGCGCCUCCGGUGCGGAGAAGCCUGACGAGAAGGGCAAGGACGGGCCCGGCACCCCGACCCGUGGCAGCGUCAUCACCAGUGCCCGUGAACUGCACUAUGCCCGCGAGGAGGGCGCCGAGCUGCCACCUGAGCCCGGCCAGGGGCUGCCGAUGGGGCCGGAGCCAUCCGCUGCCGCCCAGGGCGAGAAGCCACUGGGCAUCUACUCCCUGCUGCCGAACCACAAAACUGAGCCGGUGCUCGGCGUGCCGCCCACCGUGGCGUCCGCCCUGCACGUGCAGCCGGCCCUGGCCGUCUCCAUGGACUUCAGUGCCUAUGGGGGGCUGCUGCCCCAGGGCUUCAUCCAGCGGGAGCUGUUCAGCAAGCUGGGCGAGCUGGCAGCCGGCAUGAAGACGGAGAGCAGAGCCCUUGGUGAGCAGUGCAGCGUGUGUGGGGUAGAGCUGCCAGACAACGAGACCCUCGAGCAGCACCGGAAGCUGCACAGUGGGAUGAAGACGUACGGAUGCGAGCUGUGCGGAAAGCGGUUCCUCGACAGCUUGCGGCUGCGAAUGCACUUACUGGCUCACUCAGCGGGUGCCAAAGCCCUGGUCUGUGAUCAGUGCGGCGCCCAGUUCUCGAAGGAAGAUGCCCUGGAGACGCACAGGCAGACGCACACAGGUACAGACAUGGCUGUUUUCUGCCUGCUGUGUGGCAAGCGGUUCCAGACGCAGAGCGCCCUGCAGCAGCACAUGGAGGUGCACGCCGGGGUGCGCAGCUACAUCUGCAGCGAGUGCAACCGCACCUUCCCCAGCCACACCGCGCUCAAGAGGCAUCUCCGGUCGCACACAGGCGACCACCCCUACGAGUGUGAGUUCUGCGGCAGCUGCUUCCGGGACGAGAGCACGCUGAAGGGCCACAAGCGCAUCCACACCGGCGAGAAGCCCUACGAGUGCAACGGCUGCGGCAAGAAGUUCAGCCUCAAGCACCAGCUGGAGACCCACUACCGGGUCCACACAGGCGAGAAGCCCUUCGAGUGCAAGCUGUGCCACCAGCGCUCCCGGGACUACUCGGCCAUGAUCAAACACCUUCGGACCCACAACGGCGCUUCCCCCUACCAGUGCACCAUUUGCCUGGAAUACUGCCCCAGCCUCUCCGCCAUGCAGAAGCACAUGAAGGGCCACAAGCCGGAGGAGAUCCCCACCGACUGGCGGAUAGAGAAGACCUAUCUCUACCUCUGCUACGUCUGAGGGAGGAGGCAGCGGGGCCGAGUGGCAGAGGACUGGGCAGAAAAAACCAACACCAAACCCGCAGCGUCCACGGCCUUGUUUUGUUUUCGGUUCUCGUUCAUUGCUUCUCUCCAGGAGGAUCCCGCGGCUCGUGCCGGGGCACAGGGACGCACCGGCCCCUUCCCGGCCCCAUCCGCGCCCCCUCCCCAGCUGCUCGUGCGCCUGCUGCCCCUGCCCCCUCGCUAUGGGGUGGCCCUCGCCCCUCGCAGCCCCCUGGGAACUUGCUGCCCAGCCAGCCCCUCCAUCACCACUGUUGCCAGCCAUUGGUGCUGCCAGGAAGACCGUGUGGAAGCAUGCGUAUGGCCGGUGCUUUGGGAAGGCUUCAAUUUCUGGUGUCCACUGUCACCACAUAGACCCCACUGUGAAUGCCCCGCAGAGGACCCAAGCUCACGUGUGGGUCUCGGACUCCAUUUUGGGAUGGCUCCCAUGCUGCCAGGCUGCAGCAUCGCAGGUGGGAGAGUGUCAGCAUCAGGCGAGCCGUGAGUGCACUGGUGAGAGCAUCCCGGGGAUCCCGGCCGUGGGAGGGUGUCUGGGACAGGGAGCCCGUUGCCACCCUCCCCUGACCAAAGACCUCUCUAUGCAUUUCCCCUUCUCGAGGGGUGAGGGCAAAGCGCCUGUGGGGGAAUGCAGCUGGUUUGGUGAUGCGCAGUCGGUGGCACCGUGGGUGCUGCUGGUCCACAGCACCGCACCCAACAGGAGGAUCCUCUUUCUCCUGCUCACUGGGGCGCUGGGGGGUGCCGAGUGUGGGGUUUUGCCCUGGCUCAGCUGCAGGAGCCGCAGGCGAGGGGCGCCCGGCGGCUUUGCUCGCCGCUGCUUUUGCUUUUUGUUGGGUUUCGUUGACCUUUCUUUUUGGAAUGUUUCUGCAUUUAGCACAUUUUACUUGAAAUUACCUCGUUUUUUUGUGACCUCAUGAGCUUUUAUUGAUUUGGGGGGACGGGGGAAGGCGUGGCCGGGAAGGCGCGUGCCUCCCGUUGUGCAUUAUCCUUACCAAAACUGGUAUUUUUUGCCCAGCCCCAUGGGGCUGGGGGCGUCGGUUCUGAAGCUACCUCUUGUGUUGGUUUUUGUUGUGUUGCUCCUUGGCGGUCACGGGCUCCGCGGGCUCCGUCCCGUGGGGCGCUGGUGGCCGUGACUUUGGGUUUGGGUUUUUUUGUCAUUUUGCUGCGUUUGGGUGAAAAGGUGGGAGGGAGAGUCAGGGCGAGUGGGACGGCACACAGAUGCGCUCCAGAGGGGUGCCAAUGGCCCCUCUCGGCUUCGGGUGCCAGUCCCGCCUCUCCUGAUGCUGAGCAGGGAUGCGGCUGCGGGAGCAGCACCCUCCCUCGCACCCCAGCCCAGCCUUGCACGCGUGUGUGCCUCCGUGUGCGGGUCCUUUGCUGCUUGGCGUGGGGUGGACGCCGCUGUUGUACAAUCCGGGAUGUGACUGUGGAGAACGGCUUGUUGAAUUGUUGUGCCUAAGAAAAAAAUGAAAAAAAAAAAAAAAGAAAAAAUAUAGAAAACUAUAGACAGACCCCCCAGUUCUUUGACACGGGAAGUUGCUGCAAUCCCUGGCGCGUGCGCGGUUGCUCCCUGCGGUGCCGCGGGUGCCACGGUGCCGCAGAGCACGUGGCCGAGCUCAUGUGGCUUUUUUGCUUUAACCUCCCCUCCCAUCCUGCUGCCCCGCUCCCUUCCUCCAUCCCGCCCUCUGUGCCCUCGUGCCGCAGCCUCCCAGCUGCAAUGGUGUUGGGCUCGGCGUCGGAGCGGUGCCACCGCCCCCGUAUAUAUAUAUAUAGAAGUCUAUAUAUGUGUAUCAUAGCAGUGAGGACCAAGCGCCCUGCAGGGCCCCGCAGCCCCGGGCUCCCUCUCCCCUGGCUUGUUGUCGGUGUCGUGAGCGCCCGCCCGUCCCGUUGCUCUGUGUUGCCGCUCGCUCGUGGUCCGGGUCUGUCGCUGUCCUCGUUCCGUCUACCUCAGCACCUCUCUGAGCCCGGGCGCAGAAGGUGCCCCAGUUCCCCGUGGGUUUUCUCAGAGUAUCUAUCUAUUGGCUCCUAUUUUUUGUACGACUUGGGCCCCCUCCCCGUGCCGUUCGCUCCCGUGCGGUUCUGCUUGCGAGUCCUCUCUGUCCUCUAGCCACAGAUGCCGUUAGCUAAAAGUUUCCUGAAAAAAUAAAGAAAAAGAAAAAAAGAACAAAAAAAAAUAUAAAAUGAAUAAAAACCGUUGUGGUGUCUCCUAGUUGCAGCUCUCCGCAUCUGCCUUCGUCCUGUGUAGAUUCAGAUGCAUUUCUUUGUAAGACUUCAGUGUUUCUGACAGAGGAAUAAAAAAGACAAAAAAAAAAAAAAAAAAGGAAGAAGAAGAAUAAUAUACUGCUGCAGGUUUUUUUCUCUCCAUGUGUCACUAAGUGAAGUUCGUGCCUUCUAUAGCAAAGAGAAUAUUUUUUACAUCCUACUAACGGUAGAUUUUUUUGUAGUGAACAUUUUUUGUAUUUUUAUUUAUAAGUCUCAUAAGGAAAAUAGCAAUGUUCAGUUGUAUACCUUGAAUCUGCAGUUAGAAAACAAAAAACAACCAAUAAAGUUAAUUCCGUUGUCUCGGC